CUUACAUUACAUCCUCAAAAUUUUGAGAUGGUCUUCGCGGAGCCCCUCCUUUUUCUCUAUGACUCCGACGAGACGGGAUCCAGUGCCCGAUUAUCCUUCUCGUCGGAGUUUCUCGACGAGAGCAACUUUAUCACCAUAUUCCCCAACCCAAAGGCAGAGAGGGAGGAGGCAAGGCGAGCCCGGGCCGCGGUUGACUUCGAGUUCCUCUCAGGAAACCUAACCGGCAUCAUCGCCGCUGACGAGCUCUUCAGUGAAGGAAAGUUGCUCCCUUUCCAGCAAAUCCACCUCGCCGAGAAGCUCGACAGAAUUAGCCUGAAACCAGAAGAAGAAGCUAGAAAGAAGGAUCAGGAGAGAAGGAUGAGCUGGUUCGUGGACGACGAUCCGUCUCCAAGGCCUCCCAAAUGCACUGUUUUGUGGAAGGAGCUACUCAAGCUGAAGAAGCCACGCCCUUCCACACUGUCUACGCCUAAUUCAUCAUCUUCUAGUAUUUCUUCUUCUUCCUCCUCUUUCCGAACUUCUUCAGUUGUUGAAGUUCGGGAAGAGGUGGUGAAGGAGAGUGGGGAAAGUAGUAAGAGAGUGAAGAAAGGGAAGGAGAGGACGCGGUCGUUUAGUAUACGGAUUAGGCCGGUUUUGAAUGUGCCUAUCUGCACGCAGGCGAAGAACGCCGCUCUGCCGCCAUUGUUUUCCUCAAGGAAAGGUAGAUGAGAGAGAGAGAGAGACUAUUAAUUAAUAAGAACGCGCAGUUUGUAUUUUUUUUGGUUACAUUGAUUAAUUUCAUGUUAUUCUUUUCAUUGUAAUACUCCUUGAUGAUUUGAAUUUGUGACUGAAUCUGCUUGUUUUUUUGGUUUAAUAAGUUUGGAUGUGCAGAAACAUGUUCCAUGUAACCUGGAUAACCUAUUGUUUUCUGGGGCCAAACAUAGCAAUUGCCUAUUAGUACUACAUAAAGAGUGAUGAAGCAUGAUUAAUUUCUGGUUCGAUUA